CACAGCUAAACUGCUCUCACUGCACACACGGCACUGUCCGUGGAGGGGGUGGCAGCCGCUACCGGGCAGGGCUGCUAUGGCCCAGGUGCAGUUCAACGCCUGGCUGAUCCUGUGCGUGUUUGCUGGAUCCCAGAGGCUGACAGAUGAACAUCCUCACAGCAGGGAUGAUGCCAGUGCCAGCGCACCCCGUCGCAGCCCAGAGGAUGCCAACGUCAUGUUAGAGAUGCUCUGGGGAGGGCUGGAUAUCCAGGCCAACAGGACAAUCCGGCUGUGGGACGAAGAACUGGCCUCCCUGCGCCCGGCACGGCGGUUCAUCCAGAUUUUAGAGGAUGAAGUUCCCAAAACACCGACACAGAUUGAGCAGCAUCUGAGAUAUUAUUCACUGACUGAUACCCCUUUGCCUCUAACCGAGUUUGACCGUCUCCUUUUCACCAGUGUUUACUGUGCCUAUCAGGUUCGCUCCAUGCAGGGUCUGGAUAAAAAUCUCUGGAUUAGUUUUUUCUCCCAGCUAGUUGAUGAAAUGUUUCGUGAUCUGUGCAAGGGGCUCUGCCCUGCAAAUACCACCCUCCUCCUGGCUUCCUGGCCCUGGAAGGAGAAGCCUUCACAUUUAGCAUCCCUGAAACAUUUCUAUCGUUCGAACCUGGCCAGGAGCGAGAGAGACACUUAAUAAGGGAAACUAUGGUAGGGAAGGACACACCUGUCUUCACCUGCAUCCUUGGUUAUUUCAGAUGCUUUCCACAUUAUUCGGGACUUUGUACAAAUACGCCACACCUUUUUGUCCCGCUUUCCACGUUGCGUUGGCAACCCUCUAAGGAUUUAUACACAAGCUUUUAUUUUUAAAUGAAAUGGGACAAAACUAUAAAAUGCAUUUCACCCUUUCCUGGUUUUCUUUUCUGUUUGUUUUUUUUAAGUGGGCUGUGCUGAAGGGGGCAGUGCUGUUUAGAUGUGUUAUCUAUCUUGGUCACUGAUGCUUACUAGGGAGAUGCCCUGGCAGUUUUUUUCCAGGAUGUUACACUGGUGUCCUAGCUGACUUCAUUUCAGAUAAUUCAGUUCAGCCUCCUUAUAUUCCCCCUGUGGUUUCAGCCAAAUACAGUAUCUUUUCUCCUCUCCAGUAACCAGCUAAGCAGAUGCUGUUUUGUUUCAUGAUAUAGGUCACAUAUUUAAUUUCAGCUCUCUGCUCAAGUGGACAUUUUACGUGUCCAUAGUAGUUUCCCAUCUCAUGUAUGCAUUUUUCUUCAAAAAAGCAACCUGAAAAUGUAUGUAUUCCAUGAAACUUUCUAGUAUUUGCAUAUCAUAUUUACACAUGUACAUUGCUUUCUGUCAGUUAUCUGUUAGGAACACACUUCCUUAAAUCUCAUUUAAAUUCCUAAGGAUCAUGACCUAGUUAUUUCUUCAUCAGAUUUUACUUCUUCUAUGAAGUUUUUUUGUACAGCUAUGGCACUUUACAAGCCAAACAUAAUAAAUACACAAUCUCUAGCUUAAAAAUCAGAAAUACAAUUACUUUACAGAAAGAGAUCUUUAACUUUUCUCUGUCUUACACAUUGCAAUGUGGAAUUAAAUAAAUGUAA